UGCACAGCUACGACAGUAAAUUGACUCACUGUACAAGACCUCCCCCCUUCACUCUGAAAGGUGGGAGAUGCAACAAUGUCCUUGAGAACAGCAGGAAGUGUGUUGUGGGUCUUUCUCUGGUCUGUAGCAGCUCUCUCUCCAGAGUGUCCAUCAUGACCCUAACUGGGACACACACACCACUGAAAAUGAGGACCAGACACUCUGGCAGUAGUGUGAAAAUCCCCCACAGUGACACGUUCACAUCUCUUCAGAGAGACGCUCAGCACUCCGUAUAUCAGACCAUCCAGGGGAGAGAACCACCACAGAACCUGGACUGAUAGAACCACCACAGAACCUGGAGGGAAGAGAACCACCACUGAAUCUGGAGGAAGGAGAACUACCACAGAACCUGGAGAGAAGAGAACCACCACAGAACCUGGAGAGAAGAGAACCACCACAGAACCUGGACAAAAGAGCUAUGGCCCCAAACCAAAGCUAGUCCUUACACUCUAUUCUCUUGCUAAUAUAUUGUUAUAAUAUAAUGAAGGUUCACCCAAGUUACAAAAUGACACAUUGGUUUCCCUUCCCUUUUAGCAGUCUAUGAACAUGGUGACAUCAGUCCCUGCUUUGGUUUAGUUUCCCCUGACACUGUUUCCACCUGCUAACGUUUUAGCAUUCGUGGCACAAAUCCCAUUCGUCAUGUGACUGAUAAGAGGCAUUUCUCGCACAUCAUUUCGAAAUCAAUCAAAAGUAAAAAAAAAUGUGUUGUGAAGGACAACAAAGUCACUUCUAGAUGAUUUGAACAUGAUGAGAGAAAUCUUAAUAUCAGUCCCGUGACUUGAAUGGGAUUUUUGUAAAUGUGGGAGUGUUCGACAUAGCAGCUGACUUUAUAGGCAGUCGAGAUCUACAAAUCACCUUGCAUGAUGAAUAACUACUCAAUAUUAUUUAUAGAUCAUUCAGUCAGUCACAAUUUACCCAUGAUACAUCAGUUUUGAUGUUCUCGAACACUGUCUGAGUGACUGCUGAAGGAAGCCUUCUCUGCAUAAGCUUCUUGGUCCCUGACAUAGAGUUGGAUAGAAGGUACAUCUUGACAUCUUUGUCAUGAUGUCUUCUGGAGCAGAAUGAGCAGCACCAUUGAGGGCUAUUUCCAUAUUAAAGUAGUUCAUAUCUUCAACUUCCAUAAGUUUAAUAACAGUCGGUAUACCAACUGAAAUGGUGUAUUCAAUGGCUUUAGUCAUGCUAAAAUGGGCUUUGAAGCAAGUACGCCCUCUAUUCAACUCUAUUGUCCCUGACUGCUUCAAUGUUGUGUCAACCAGACAUCAAACCUCACACUCAGUGUCUAUUUAUAUAGACUUCCAGUAAGUUAACUUGCAACACAUCUCCCCUUCACUCUGUAAGUAUGCUUGAUGAUAUCUUAAAAUAUGUUUAUUUUAUCAUUUGUUUGUUUCCAUGAACUUCUGUAUCCUGUUAUGUGCAUGGCGAUGCUAUUGUAAUGUAUGUUUUGUUUUUCUGUUAUUUACAGUAUACUCUGUAGAUGUAGUUCUGCGUAUUUAAUCGGAUACAGUAUUGUACAUGUGGUUACACAUAUAAUACUUUAGCAUGGUAUUUUAAGGACUCUGAAAGCAAUAGAUUGUUGUGGAGACUUGUUUGAAAAUGACCUAAAGUAAGACUGAAAGUAACAGUGAUUAGGUGGAUGCUUCGUAAGAGCUUUAGGAGUAGUAUUAACAUGAGACACAGUGAUGGUGGGUUGUGUUUAGGAGUAGUAUUAACAUGAGACACAGUGAUGGUGGGUUGUGUUUAGGAGUAGUAUUAACAUGAGACACAGUGAUGGUGGGUUGUGUUUAGGAGUAGUAUUAACAUGAGACACAGUGAUGGUGGGUUGUGUUUAGGAGUAGUAUUAACAUGAGACACAGUGAUGGUGGGUUGUGUUUAGGAGUAGUAUUAACAUGAGACACAGUGAUGGAGGGUUGUGUUUAGGAGUAGUAUUAACAUGAGACACAGUGAUGGUGGGUUGUGUUUAGGAGUAGUAUUAACAUGAGACACAGUGAUGGUGGGUUGUGUUUAGGAGUAGUAUUAACAUGAGACAGUGAUGGUGGGUUGUGUUUAGGAGUAGUAUUAACAUGAGACACAGUGAUGGAGGGUUGUGUUUAGGAGUAGUAUUAACAUGAGACACAGUGAUGGUGGGUUGUGUUUAGGAGUAGUAUUAACAUGAGACACAGUGAUGGUGGGUUGUGUUUAGGAGUAGUAUUAACAUGAGACAGUGAUGGUGGGUUGUGUUUAGGAGUAGUAUUAACAUGAGACACAGUGAUGGUGGGUUGUGUUUAGGAGUAGUAUUAACAUGAGACACAGUGAUGGUGGGUUGUGUUUAGGAGUAGUAUUAACAUGAGACACAGUGAUGGUGGGUUGUGUUUAGGAGUAGUAUAAACAUGAGACAGUGACGGUGGGUUGUGUUUAGGAGUAGUAUUAACAUGAGACACAGUGAUGGUGGGUUGUGUUUAGGAGUAGUAUUAACAUGAUACACAGUGAUGGUGGGUUGUGUUUAGGAGUAGUAUUAACAUGAGACACAGUGAUGGUGGGUUGUGUUUAGGAGUAGUAUAAACAUGAGACACAGUGAUGGUGGGUUGUGUUUAGGAGUAGUAUUAACAUGAGACACAGUGAUGGUGGGUUGUGUUUAGGAGUAGUAUUAACAUGAGACAGUGACGGUGGGUUGUGGUUUUGUUGGUUUAAAUGCACACACUCAGUAUCACUUCCCUGUUCUCCUUUCCUGUCUGUCCUCUGACAGACCUCCCGAGUCAUAUCAGAAAUCUGUAUAUACACAUUAGACUUUACAGAACAUGUUCCUCUGUAGCUCAGUUGGUAGAACAUGGCACCUGCAACGUUAUGGGUUUGGUUCCCAGGACCACCCAUUGGUGCUCUAGUCUAGAUCACUGAACCUUCAGCACCACUUUGAUGCAGCCGAUGAGCAGUGAUUGUCAUGGGUGUUUAAAUGGAAUGGGUUCUAAUUGAAUAACAUCAUGGAACUUUGACCUGUAUAUACAGAACUCAGAAGGGCAAGGUAGGUCAUUAAAAUGUUAACGUUAUAAAUAGUUUAGUCAACACAUUGUUUACAUAGUUCUGUAUGUAGUAUAAAAGACCACAGUGAAAAUUGACACAUUUGUUUCAUAAAAUAAAUAUAUGCCCAGACUUGUCUUUUACACAAUUUCUGUUCUAUUACAGUAACAGCCCUUUUCUGGCGUGUUGGUCUGGUUGUCGUGGAUGUUAAUGUCUUUAAUAAACAGGAAGGACAGUUCUGCAUCCACUACUUGUGUUCUGACUGCUUUUAUAAUGUUUCAACACUUCAGGUUUUCACUCACUACCAGACAGUUGACUCACUGUACAAGACCUCUCCUCUUCACUUCACUCUACUGCAGGGUGGGUGAUGCAACAAUGUCCUUGAGAACAGCAGGAAGUGUGUUGGUGGUCUUUCUCUGGUCUGUAGCAGUGGUACUGGGUCAGGGUGUCUGGAGUGUGACCUACACCAAGAAUAGUAUCUGUGCCUUGAAGGGGUCAACAGUGGAUCUGUCCUGCUCUUACACAUAUCCCAGAGGUCAUAAAGUUACAACAACCACAUGGUAUAACUGGAAGAUGGGUGUCUGGUAUACUUAUGAUAUCCAAGAUAAGAAUGAGUGCCGUAUGGAGUACCGGGGGAAUAAGGAGAAUGACUGCACCCUGACAAUCACAGACCUGAAAUGGAGUGAUACUGCAGCAUAUUAUUUCAUGUUUUCAACAAAAUCCUCCUCUUGGAUUCCUCGCAAUGACUAUGUCACUCUCAUUGUCACAGAACUGCAGGUGGAGGUAACAGACACAAGUAAUAGGAAGACACUGUCCUGUAGCACCACCUGUACUCUGACUGACAACCCCACCUACAUCUGGUACAAGAACGGACAACAUCUAGAUGAGAGCACCUCCCCCCAGUACAGAGACCCAGUCUCCAGUAACUAUGGAGACAGUUACUCCUGUGCUGUAAAAGGUCAUGAGGAUCUCCUCUCUCCUGCAGUGUGUGUUCAGGGUCAGAGCUGCAUCAGAGUGACUUACACCAAGAGGAGAAUCUGUGUCUUGAAGGGGUCAACAGUGGACAUAUCCUGUACUUAUGUUGGUUAUUAUUCCACCACAUCAUCAUUCUGGUUUAGAAGUGAUAAGUCGACCCCUGAAGACCUAACCACAGACCCAGGGUAUGCAGGUCGUGUGGAGUACACUGGAAUAUACAGAGGUCCCUUCACCCUGAGAAUCACAGAUCUGAGAGAGGAGGACUCAGCUGAGUAUCGCUUCACUUUUAAAACAGACAACAUUGAAUGGGGUCAUAGUUUCCCAGGAACAACUCUGUCUGUCACAGGUCUGCAGGUGAAGGUGACUCCUGCUGCAGAAGGACAGAAGACACUGACCUGUAUCACCACCUGUACUCUGACUGACAACCCCACCUACAUCUGGUACAAGAACGGACAACGUCUAGAUGAGCCCACUUCCCAACAAUACUCUAGUAAUACCCUAGUAGUGUUGGGUCAUUCUGUGGACAGUUACUCUUGUGCUGUAGAACACCAUGAGGACCUCCACUCUCCUGCAGUGUAUGCUCCAAGGAACACCUCAGUGUCAGUCAGUCCCUCUGGUGAAAUAGUGGAGGGCAGUUCAGUGACUCUGACCUGCAGCAGUGAUGCCAACCCACCUGUGGACAAAUACACCUGGUACAAGAAGAACGUAACCUCACCAAAAGCAUCAGGACAGAGUUACAGCAUCACUAACAUCAUCUCUGAGGACAGAGGAGAAUAUUACUGUGAGGCCCAGAAUGGAAGAGGAUCUAUGAACUCUACAGCUCUGAUGAUCAUUGUAGCAGGGAAACAAACCUCAGUUCUGACUGCAGCUGUAGGAAUCAUAGUGGUUGUUCUGGUUCUCAUCCUCUGUCUCUCUGGACUCAUGUGGUUCAGGAAGAAGGCCUCCAAACCCACCAACACAAGAGACACAUCAGACGAUGGACAGGGAGACUCUAGUCCAGUGUAUGACAACAUCUCAAACAUGGCCAUGACCUCUACUGCAGCACAGACAGAGUCCACAUACGACCAGGAUGAUGUUCACUACGCCAGUGUCCACUUCUCUGGCUCCAAAAACCAGGAAGUGCUUCUGUACUCCACCGUCCAGGUGCCUCAACCCCAGAAAGAGGAUGAGGAUGUCCACUACGCUGCUGUGAAAUUCAACCUCCCCAGUGCUGCCACCUGACCUGCAGCAGCACAAGCAGCUGAGGAGGACUCCUCUGUUCUCUACAGUACAGUCAACAAACCCUGAACCAAGAAGUCCUUAACACAAUAAAUCCAGAACCAAGAAGACCUGAACACAACAAACCCAGAACCAAGAAGACCUGAACACAACAAACCCAGAACCAAGAAGACCUGAACACAACAAACCCAGAACCAAGAAGACCUGAACGCAACAAACCCAGAACCAAGAAGACCUGAACACAACAAACCCAGAACCAAGAAGACCUGAACACAACAAACCCAGAACCAAGAAGACCCGAACACAACAAACCCAGAACCAAGAAGACCUGAACACAACAAACCCAGAACCAAGAAGACCUGAACACAACAAACCCAGAACCAAGAAGACCUGAACACAACAAACCCAGAACCAAGAAGACCUGACAAACCCAGAACCAAGAACUGAAAACAACAAACCCAGAAACAAGAAGACCUGAACACAACAAACCCAGAACCAAGAAGACCUGAACACAACAAACCCAGAACCAAGAAGACCUGAACACAACAAACCCAGACCCAAGAAGACCUGAACACAACAAACCCAGACCCAAGAAGACCUGAACACAACAAACCCAGAAAGAAGAAGACCUGAACAGAACAAGUUUGACAAAAACAUUGUAUAUCUGGACCUGUUUAUCUAAACUAAGUGAUAUAAUGCCUGUGGAGGUGUGGAAUAUUGACCAUUAUAAACUGGGUGGUUUGAGCCCUGAAUGCUGAUUAGCUGACAGGCGUGGUAUACCAGACUAUAUACCAUGGGUAUUAACAUUUGUAUUUACUGGUCUAAGGACAUUGGUAACCAGUUUAAAAUAAGGCACCUCGGGGUUUGUGGUGCAUCCAAGCACUCCGCGUUGCAUUGUGCUUAAGAACAGCCCUUAGCGGUAGUAUAUUGGCCAUAUACCACACCUCCUCAGGCCUUAUUGCUUCAGUUUAUAAUGGCAACAAGGCUGAAAUACUGUUUCAGCCAAUCAGCAUCCAGGGCCAAAACUACCCAGUUUAUAAUAGUAUUUAAUAAUAUAUGCCAUCAAGUAGACACUUUUAUCCAAGUCAUUACAGUCAUGUUUGAAAACACUUUACGUAUGGGAAGUCCCAGCAGGAGUUGAACCCAUGCACCAUGCCCUACCAACUGAGCCACAGGACGACUCUAUUCAAAUGUAGAGUAGGAGUUCUGAUCUAGGGUCAGUUAUGACUUUGAAACAAUGAUGAAUAUGGACCUUAAGGGACCUUAACAUUUUUUAUAUAUAUAUUACGUUGAAAAAUAUUGUAUUUCUGACUUGAGUUCCAUUUAUAUCUUACAGUGCAUUCGGAAAGUACUCUUUCCACAGGACUUUUUCCACAUGUUGUGAUGUUUCUAACUUUUGCUCAAAUUGAUGAAAUAGUUCUCUCCUCAUCAAUCAACACACUAAACCCCAUAAUGCUAAAGCAAAAAAAGGUUUUUAGACAAUUUUGCAAAUGUAUAAAUACAAAAAAACUGCAAUAUCACAUUUACAUAAGUAUUCAGACCCUUUAAUCAGUACUUUGUCAAAGCACCUUUGGCAGCGAUUACAGCCUCGAGUCUUCUUGGGUAUGACGCUACAAGCGUGGCACACCUGUAUUUGGGGAAUUUCUCCCAUUCUUAUCGCCAGAUCCUCUCAAGCUUGGUCGUGUUGGACGGGGAGUGUCGCUGAACAGAUAUUUCCAGGUCUCUCCAGGGAUGUUCGAUCAGGUUCAAGUCCGGGCUCUGGCUGGGCCACUCAAGGACAUUGAGAUUUCUCCCGAAGCAACUCCUGCUUUGUCUUGGCUGUGUGCUUAGGGUCCUUGUCCUAUUGGAAGGUUGAACCUUCACCCCAGUCUGAGGCCCUGAGCCCUCUGGAGCUGGUUUUCAUCAAGGAUCUCUCUGUACUUUUCUCCAUUCAUAUUUCCCUCGAUCCUGACUAGUCUCCCAGUCCCUGCCGCUGAAAAAUAUCCCUACAGCAUGAUGCUGCCACCACCAUGCUUUAACGUAGGGAUGGUGCCAGGUUUCCUCCAGGCGCGAUGCUUUGCAUUCAGGUUUCAUCAGACCAGAUAAUCUUGUUUCUCAUGGUCUGAGAGUCUUUAGUUGCCUUUUGGCAAACUCCAAGCAGGCUUUCAUAUGCCAUUGGCUUCUGAAUCUGUCUGGCCACUCUACCAUAAAGGCAUGAUUGGUGUAGUGCUGUCCUUCUUGAAGUCUCUCUCAUCUCCACAGAGGAACUCUGGAGUUCUGUCAGAGUGAACAUUGGGUUCUUGGUCACCUCGCUGACCAAGGCCCUUCUCCCCCGAUUGAUCAGUUUGGCCAGUCGGACAGCUCUAGGAAGAGUCUUGGUGGUUCCAAACGUCUUCUAUUUAAGAAUGAUGGAGGCCACUGUUUUCUUGGACAUUAAAAAAUACAGAAAUGUUUUGGUACCCAUCCCCAGAUCUGUGCCUCAGCACAAUCCUGUCUUGGAGUUCUAGAGACAAAUCCUUCGACCUCAUUAUUUUUGCUCUGACAUGCACUGCAAACUGUGGGACCUUGUAGACAGGUGUGUGCCUUUCCAAAUCAUAUCCAAUUAAUUUAAUUUACUACAGGUGGACUCCAAUUAAGUUGUAGAAACAUCUCAAGGAUGAUUAAUAGAAACAGGAUGCAGCUGAGUUCAAUUUCGAGUCUCAAAGCAAAAGGUCUGAAUACUUGUCUAAAUAAUGUAUUUCUGUUUUUUAGUUUUAAUACAUUUGCAAACCAUUAUGGGGAUAGUGUGGUAUAUUUUUAUUUAAUCUAUUUUAUAAUAAGGCUGUAACAUAUCAAAAUUUUAAAAAAGUCAAGCGGUCUGAAUACUUUCCCAAUGCAUUGUAUAUAGUUAUAUCUUUUUUUAUGUUAUGUUUCUGAAACAAUCAUCAAACUUGUGAGACUUUUGCCUCAACGUCCAGGAAAGAGUUCUGCUUGAUGCAAUGUUUCUUAUUGCUUUUAUCAAAUGUUCUUUUUUGUAAACUGUGUUGUUACAUUUUUUUAAAUAGACUUUUAAGAAUAAACUUCAUUGUCAUUGUUUUUACCUUGUUAUAACAGAAUCUUCAGUGGAGAGAAAGUGAAACGCUUUCAAAAUCACACCUCUUGUACUUUACAGUACAUACAGUAACUACAAAUAAGACAUUUACAUUAGUUUGUAUAGCAAUAGUUGUUCAUUCGUCAUCAUCAUCAUCAUGUCUGUACAAAAACUACACAGACACUUUCAGAAGGAGCAAUGUCCAGCACCUAGACACACAACCAGUUACAUUAAAUAUUAUUCAUUGUCAUUUUUAAAACACACAACAUGACAUAACAUCUAUGUUUGGAGUGUGGAGGGUAAUUCAGUCAGUGAUGGCAUUCCAAUCCAGAACACUGAGAGAUAGAACAUUCUGGAAUGUCGAUGAUUGACAAUAAUAUAUCUGACAGUUAACGAGUUCAGACCAGGCAGUGAGAUUAUUGCCUGAUAUAAGAAUAACAGUCCACCAUUUUGUCCAACUGGUAGUAAGAGAAUGACAGUCCACCAUUUUGUCCAACUGGUAGUUAGAGAAUGACAGUCCACCAUUUUGUCCAACUAGUAGUUAGAGAAUACUUUCCCAAUGCAUUGUAUAUAAUUCUAUAUUUUUUAUGUUAUGUUUCUGAAACAAUCAUCAAACUUGUGAGACUUUUGCCUCAACGUCCAGGAAAGAGUUCUGCUUGAUGCAAUGUUUCUUAUUGCUUUUAUCAAAUUUUCUUUUUUGUAAACUGUGUUGUUACAUUUUUUUAAAUAGACUUUUAAGAAUGAA